AUGGAGUCUGCAGUCACAUGGAUAAUCUGUGAUACAUGUAGCUCCAGAGAGUUUGCAACAGACCUUUUCAAGAUGUAUCGAAUAUCCCAGCUAAUGUCAACACCAGCAGCAAGUAAAUGUUCUUCAGUGUUUGAUAAAGAGACCAGGCAAAGUCUGUCCCCUGAACACAUUUUGCCAAGUUACCCUUAUGCCUUUCUGGAUAGUGACACCUCCUAUGAAUGUUGUUCCAUAAACCCCUUGACAGGCUCUCUUUUCACAUGUCGCCGUAGUCCUCGGCUUCUUACUAAUGGCUAUUACAUUUUGACGGAAGACAGUUUUCUGUCUGAUGAAGAUGGUAACGUAACACUGACCCCAACCCAGAAAAGUGUUACAUAUAAGGAGAAAUUAGUUAGAAUAUUCAGGAGAAGGAAGAAAAUCCGUCGCUCUCUUGCUAGUCUGUUCAGUCUCAGUGCCUCGGAUUCAUGGCUCAACAGCACUGCCCUUAGCAAUAUGGAUUCUCCUCAUGUAGAGGAGAUUUGGAAUGAUGGAGAUAAUAAACUAGAUGCCAGUCAGCACUAUGGCAAUGAUGACUGUGAAUUUUCUUCUGAAUGCAAAAGCUGGAUGUCACAAAGGCAAACACCAGCAGUUGAUGCAUCCUCUUUUUCUAAAGAUGUGGUGUUCAUUCAGUCAAGAAAACAGUUCGGUGAUUCCUCUCCGUGCUCCCAGUUUAUGGUAGAUGGGUAUUUCCAUGAAGAGACUUUGGAUCAUUCAAAAUCCAAUGCAGUGAGAAAUGUCAUUUAUCAAAUGAUUAUACUAUCCAUGUGUUUAAUCAUUUCAGUGUGUGCAAGAUGCUUUCUGGGAGGACGCUUUGCCACUUUGUCGGUCUUUCUGCUGCUGAUAAUUUUAGUUUGAAAUAAUUGAAAGACUGAAUCGGUAAGUAAAACGCUAUAAAGGAUUGUAGGGUAAGAAAAAGUAAUGCUCAGAGAAGAGUGAGCCAUUCAUUCAGAUAAUGAAGUCUGCAGAUUCACCAGCUCAGCUGUGACUUUGUCAGAUUUUAUGAGCUAAUACUGGUUAGACUUGCUCAUUACUGGAAUGGAAAACCUUCAAGAAAAAACAGGUGCUUAGGAAGAGGUUUGGGUGAUUCAAUAGGUUGCAAUCCUGACUCUAAGUUUGCAUUGUGUUAAUAUGCUGCUGAGGUUGCUAUCUGUAGGAUGAGCUGUACAACUAAAGUAUUGUCCAUUUGUGCUGAAAAGAUCCCAUGGAGCUUUUCACCAGAAUUGGGUGUUAGCCUUAGUAUCCUCAUCAGAUUUCAGUAUAACUAAUUCCAUCUAAACCUCCUUUCUGGUUUCAUUUGAAUAAAGUAUUCUUCAUUUUCUGCCCUAACUACUGAAUCGUUUGGGCUGUUAAACAAUUGCUGUGUCUCAGCCUAGAGGUGGUUGCAUUUCAGUGUGCCGGAUUUAGACAAAGAGAUGCAGGGCCAGGUCCCUGAGCUGCUGUACAUUAGUGUGGUUCCAGUGAAUGAAAAGAGUUACACUAAUUUACACCAGCUGAAGAUUUGGGCCCUAAUAGCUUACAGAGCCCUUUGAGACUCUUCUAGUGAUGCCAGUGGGGCUCUGCAUAGGCACAGGGGCCACCCAAGCUUUGUAACUUGCAGGAUUUGGGGCCUUGGAGACUACGAUAGUGAAACAAAAUGUCUAGCAAGCCCUACAAAUCCAUCUUUUGUUGAUGUCUAAAUCGUUUUCAUUAAUGUUGCUGCUCUGGCCAUAGAACAUGCAUUACAGUCUUGAAAUAACCUGUUGUCAAACUGUUUAAAAGCUGAGAAUGGUUCUGGAUAGUGGUGAAUUGGACAAUGUACUUAAAACUCUUCAGGGCCUUCAUUGUCUCAUCCUUGCCACAGCCUUUUGGCCUUUAUUUCUAUUCUGGGUUCUUUCCUAGUGAUUUUGAAGACAGAAAAAUGAGUGUUAGAAACACAAGAAAAGAGAGAAUGGAAAUUAAUUGUGCCAGAAUAGUGCUUCCUGUUAGAGACCAGAAGUGCUACCUUCAGAAAAGUCAGGAGUCAGAGGGUUGGAAGAGCAGCUGGAGACACCAGAAUCAUAUGGUUAACUUAACAAAUAAAGAGUCCAUGACCUUUAUUUUUAAAGCAUUGAACCUUAUUUUUCUGAUAUUGGAUUUAAGAGACAAUGCUAAAUAUUAAUCCCCUUGAGUGCCCAGUGAUCACUGUUCUGUGACUAUGCUAUCUCAUAACUAAUUUGUUAUACCUACCAAGUAUGCCAGUUUAGCUAACACAGUGUAAAAUUUCAUCUCCCCGUGCUAUAAAGUGAAGAACAUGUGAUCGUGUAGUAUUGUCUACAAAAUCUUUCUGCCAUCGCUGUUUUUGGUCUGCUUAUCAUCCAUUGUGCUAAAACUGGCACCAGUGGAACCACAGUUGCUAAAUCUGACAGGUAAUGCUGCCUGUGGAAAGGCCAACUCCACAGGUAGGAUGCGAACAGGCUGGCAGGCAUAAUAGAAGUAUCUGUAAACUUUUGUAAAAAUUAAUUUUAAAAAAUUGAAGGUUCUGAUGAAGGAAAAAAGGAAAUGAUAAAUCACAGUUCAGCUGCCUGUAUUUUUAUAGUUACUCACCUUUAUGGCCAUCCUCAAACAGGAUACAUUCGUGUUUGUGAGAGUGAAUCCCUGGAGAUGUGGGGAAAUGAAGGAAAACAUAGUGGCAGUUAUUUAAAAUGAACAUGCCAACCUUUCAAGGGGUAAAUAUCAUUCUGGUUGUAUUUUGAAUGUAAGACUCAGCACCAAAAGCUCAAGCAGGGAAAACAGCCACAUUAUCUAUUUUGGAUAUUGAAAUACUGUUGCUGAAUAUGUUAAAUAUUUCCCUGAUAAAAAUAGACCAGGUGAGAAACUAACAGUCCAGUAUUUGUAGUUUAAAUAAAGACACCAGGGUGUACUUCAGGCAGAGAAUCCUGAAGUAAAGGAAAAUUGCUUCACAUAUUAAUAAUAUUAUUAAUAAUAAUAAAAAUACAAUGACAGUAAAUAAUAAAAAAUUGAGAGGUGCUACACACCUCCAUAUUUUUCUUGUAAUACAGAUGAUAAGCUUGAAUAAUUCUGUGAAUAUUACAUAAUUCAGCUUCUUUAUUCACUUUAACUCUAGAGUGACAGAUUACUUGUGUGGUAUUUAUAUAUAUUUUGUUACUUAUGCUGUGCUAGUUAUAGUGGGCCUUCUUUUAAAUGUACUUUUUAUCUCAAUGAGGAGAAAAUUCUCUAUUUUUAAAAUAAUUCCUAGGAAUUCAUGAUGAAAAUAGAACCAAACUUUUUAUUGCCUUGCUGGAAUGAAACACUGGGUCACAGUUAAUCAAGGCUGAUGAAAGAGUAAAGCCAACAUUUUGUAACAAGGGUGCCUAAAUCCAUAUUUAGGCUCCUAAGUAAAAGUAGAUUUAGUUUUGAAGUGCUGAGCAUCUGCAGCUUCUAUUAAUUGGAGAAUCAGGCUCAGAGUAUUUUAAACAGUAUUUCUAGUGAAGUACAAACACUUGUUGACUGCUAGUUAGUGUGACAUUUGUUUACUAUGAGAGGGCUACUGUAUUCUAAAGUCUCUACUUUCAGUAAUUGAGCUCUUGUUCAAUUUAAAUGUAUUGAAUUCAUUAAAAUACAAAUCCACUGAGGAAUUUUCAAGAUGCACAUGUAACAAUAAAUGUAUCACCUUUUGCUAUUAUAAUCCUUGUUCACCAUGCCCUGAUCUUUUGUUUGGUCAUUCCUUACUGUGUAAAAUCAAAGUUCAUGCCCAAUCCUGCAAACACUUGAUACCAGAUAUAUUGCCUAUUCUAGUGAGGAGUCUGGGCUCUCAACGGUAGCAAGCAUUAUGCCCAGCAGUGUUUGUAGGAGCCCUUAGAUUGUAAGCUGUUUGGAACAGGGACACAUCCAUUAUUAUCCAUCUGUGGAGCACCCUAUACACCCGUGGAACUAUACUAACAAUAGCAGUAGCCCGCAGAACUGAAGGGUGUGGUAAAAAAGUACCAGUAUAUCAAAUAGGUACAGACUUUGGGCCCAGUUCUAUGGGAUCUGGCCCUUCACUUGUCCUAUACCUUUAUUUUAUAAUAUGCUUAUAUAUUAGAAUGUAAAUCAAGAACAGUUAUUAGUUGUGAGGGUAUUAAUAAAGAAUCUUGCUAAGAAUUGCACACGUUUGUCACCUCAGAGUGCUUGUUAUAUCUUGUUGUUUAGAUUGUAAGCUUUCUGGGGCAGGAAAUGUUAUUCAUUCUGUAUUUAGACAGUAGCUAGCACAAGGGAGCCUAAUUUGGUUGAGGCCUUUAGGAGCUACCACAGUAGAAAUGUUAAAUAGUAAUUACAAGUCUUAUAGAGAUUUGAUGAAAAGAGAGAGGUGCAUAUCAUAAAUUGGCAUAAACCAGCAGAUGGCCACCACCUAAGGUUUUGACCCAUAGUUUUUCUGCAACUGAGAAUUGCAGAGCCACAUCAAACGCUAUAGGGCUCGAUCUUGCAGUUCUUACUCAGAUGAACAGUCUCAUAAUGGAACCCAAUAUACGGUAUAUUCAAAAUAUUUCUAAUGAAGAGUAACAUUAAUGGUAUAAAGCUUAUUUUGUCAUGCUGCU